CUCGAAACCUCUGACAUCCCACCACCGCUAUAAGCCCGCACAUACCAUUGAUAGAAAGUCCUGCAUGGCUUGUGAUGAUGCCUGGCGAUUCACAGUCACCCGUACCAAUCACUCUGAUCUACAAGCAUGUGGACGGACUACCUCUGCUCCUGGAUGUCUAUCUGCCCAACGAAGUUGAUCAGUCUGGCUUGGUCUGCUAUUCGUCUGCACUCGUCUACUUUCAUGGCGGGGGCCUCACCGUCGGAAACAGACGAAGCUGGUUCCCACAUUGGCUAUAUCGACGCGUUACAUCUGCAGACUGCAUCUUCAUCUCUGCUGACUACCGCCUCUUGCCUCCUUCAACUGGACACGAUCUACUAGCGGACAUCAAGGAUGUGAUAGAUUUUGUCGCGCACAAACUCAACCAGUCAUUAUCUGAAAGUGUAUCCCCGGUCACCAAGAUUCGAGUCGCCGUUGAUUCAAUUGCCGUCGCGGGCACUAGCUCUGGUGGACUUUGCGCUUAUCUCGCUGCCAUACAUGCCCGACCGAGACCGAAGGCGGUCCUGUCAAUGUACGGCAUGGGUGGAAUGAUGCUGACGCCUCAUUAUUAUUACCCCAAGUCAUCGGUAUUCUUCCGAGGCCGUGAGCUGCUUGAUCCAACGCACUUCUCUGAGUAUCUCUAUCCCGAUUGCCGUCAGCUUUCCCCAAUCUCAGACUCCGCGUUAGCAUAUCACCCUCUGACGUCGCCUACUCCUGGCUAUCCUGCAAACCCUCGUAUGCUUCUUGCUAGACUGUAUCUUCAACUUGGCGUAUUUUUGGACUACUACACUGGAUGUCACGAAUUAAGCCUCAGCAAAAUGCUGCGAAGUUCUACUGCAGGAGAGCGCAAAGCGGCACAGGGGCAAGAGGAUGCGGUUCCAGACAUCCAUCAGCCUCCUACGGGCAUUGAGUCUGUCAUUCCCCGAGAGCACCUACCGCUAUUUCCUCACUUGAAUAUAUCAUCUUCGUGGCCACCGACGCUGCUCGUUCACGGUUCGAUAGACUCGGCGAUUCUUCCGGCCGAAUCAAUACACUUGCACGCAAUGCUGCAGGAUGCAGGAGUAGAGACGAACUUGGUUAUGAUCGACGGCAUGGAACAUUCCUUCGACUACCAACCGGGCGCUGAGAACACAUACGGCAGCCACGGAGGGCUAUUCGACCAAGCGGCGAAGUUCGUUAUACAGCACCUCCGAGACAACGACUUGUAGCUUGCGCCUAAACGGACCACAUCACAUGUGCAGGAUGCGCGGGUCAUAAGAGUUAUGACUAUGUAUAUGUAUAUAUCCAACGUGCACGCAGAACCCUACAAUCACGACCUACGAUAGUCGCUCUACUCUAACAUUCUCUAGAGCUCCUCUUUAGCCUGUUUGACUUCACCCUCUGUCUCAGGAACAGCAUUGUCGUCCGCUUUCCUAGGCUGAGGCUCGUCCUCCGUCACCGGAACCUCCUCUCCAGUCGCGAUCAGUGAGUCGCUCUCUGGCCAAUCAUCCUCUCCUGCUGCAACAGGAAUGUAUCGCGACCCCAGCACCCUCUCCAGCCUCUCCGUGAUCUCCUCCACCUCCUCUUCCAAUUGUUCCUCCUCUUUCUCGUCCGAUUGCUCAGGCCCGACGGGCGCCGGAUGUUCUACAUCAAACUCG